CAACUUAAAAAUUGCUGAAUAUAGCUUCCAGUUCCAGGUGCUUUCGGAGCCAUGGCUUAAGGUGCAGACAUGGCCAAGUCCAAGAACCACACCACACACAACCAUUCCCGAAAAUGGCACAGAAAUGGUAUUAAGAAACCCCAAAAAGAAAAACCCCAAUCACAAAGAUACGACUCUCUUAAGGGGGUGGACCCCAAGUUCCUGAGGAACAGGUGCAUUGCCAAGAAGCAAAACAAGAAGGGCCUAAAGAAGAUGCAGGCCGACGAUGCCAAGGCCAUCAGUCCACGUGGUGAGGCUACAAAGGCCCUUGUAAAGGAGGUUAAGCCCAAGAUCCCAAAGGGUGUCAGCAGUAAGCUCCAUCGACUUGCCUACAUUGCCCACCCCAAGCUUGGGAAGCGUGCUUGUGCCCGCACUGCCAAGGGGCUUGGGCUGUGCCAGCCAAAGGACAAGGCCAAGGAUCAAACCAAGGCCCAGGCUGCAACUCCAGCUUCAGUUCCAGCUCAGGUUCGCAAAGGUGCUCAGGCCCCUACAAAGGCUUCAGAGUAGGCAUCUGUCUGCCAACGUGAGGACACAAGGACUGGUGCAACCUGCCCAGGCUGCCAUCUGCAUGGGGCUGGGGUCCUCACCUCCUGUGCUAUUUGUACAAAUAUACCUGAGGCAGGAAAGAAAAAAAAUUGCUAAAUACAGGCAUCACAAACUAACAAAUGAGGACUUUGAAUUAGAAGAAAAGAAAAACUGA